UUUCCUCCCAAUCACCAUCAUCCACGAACAACGGACUGCUUCGAAGAAUAUACAUACUAACCAGCUUGGACUUUAAGAACUCGAGAACUGAUAGAUAUAUACAAAGAGAAGGAGAAACUGCAUACAUAGAAUCCCGCACAAGAAACCGAACCUUCUGGCUCAGCAGGAUGGCCAACUCAACAGAUUUCGAUAUCGAUCCAUUCAAAGAGACGAUCUAUGCAGAACCAAGUCAGUCGAUUAGCAGUCACUCUCCUCAAAGAGAACCAUCCCCUCCCAACGAAGCUGGUCCCAGUAGUAGCUCGCCCACCCGAAGAGGAUCACUUCAACCUACGUCAUCAAGCCCAACCACCAACUUUGUUCAUGCCUACCAGGUCGAACAUCGACCCAAUCCAGUCUCACCUUCUUCCUCGAUCAACAACCCCAAAUCUCCCAUCCCCCCGAUCGCUGCUGUCACCACACCUGGACGAGGUGGGAGACCAACACUCAGGGAUCUUAAGGAUGUCGAAGAGAUCAAGGUCAUGGACGCCAUCAAAACUAGCGAGGGAGGAUCAUCUUCGUAUAUUGCCUACGUCAUUCAAAGUAGUCGCGGGAUAGCUAGGCACAGGUACUCGGAAUUCGAGUCUCUUCGAUCGUCCCUUGUAGCACUAUAUCCAGUCUUGAUCGUGCCGCCCAUCCCGGACAAACAAUCACUUGGCGAUUACGCUUUCCAUCCGAGUUCAAUGGCCAAGACGAAGGAGGAUCCGGUUACUGUUGCUCGUCGUAAACGGAUGCUGGCCGUGUUUCUCAACCGACUGAUCCGACACCCCGUCUUAGGUCGCGAAAGGGUCCUGUGGCAGUUUUUAGCCCAGGAUGUCUCGUGGUCUGAAGUACUCCAACAACCACCACUGACGAACCUACCAAAAAAUCCGAUGAAGGCCCCUGCCCAUAAUCCCUCGGAUCCGGAGCUUCAGGCGCUCUUCUCCCAUCUUCCCGUCCCAUCUUCCUCGUCUGUACCUCUCCAAGAUCCUGAUCAACGCUUCCAAGAUUCGGAAGUCUUCACCCAAAAGUUCUCCUCUCAUCUUACUAAUAGUCUCGAGAAAAUUAAUCGUCGUCUCAUGAAACGUUGGCAAGAUUAUGCCGUCGAUCAAGCCGAACUUGGUGGGGUCCUCAAUGGCUUUGCUCUUGUUGAAGGUAGCGUGGUUGGGGAUGGUCAGCUUAGUACCCAGGAAACCGCCGAGGCUACUAGUGCAGCCAUCGAAAGAACAGGACAAGCUAUAGAUGCUACUUAUGUCUCUACAAACGCGAUGCUCCAAGAUUGGGAAUGUCAGUUUACAGAACCAUUGCAUGAAUAUGCCCAAUUUUCGAACGUGAUCAAACAUCUCCUACGAUUCCGACAUAUGAAGCAAGCCCAAUUUGAGAUGGCACGAGAUAUCCUGGACACCAAACGACUGGUAUUAGAGGAUUUAGAGCGCAGUGAGACCGAGGCGCAGAGGUUGGAGAGUGCACUGAAUCGAGUCCGUCAACUCGACCUCGAACGAUCCAAGGAAUCAUCGGAAUCUCCCGAAGCUAACUCGGCCACCUCUCAUGUUAUCGGCUCCUCUGGUCCGGCUCUUAUCACUCCCAUACGUAAACCCGCGUCCACUGGCUUCCUGGGCGCCCUUCGUCAUUCUCUUAAUGGAAUCACUGAUGUUGAUCCUGAAAGUACUCGUCGAAAUAGUAUUGGAAAAAAUAAAGAUUAUAUCACUAAUCUUGAAGAAGGAUUAAGAGCUGCGGCUGCUGAUCUUAGAUAUUGCUCUCAAACUAUUCAGGCUGAUUUGGAUAGAUUUCAAAGACAAAAAGUCGCAGAUCUUAAAGAUAUGUGUUUGGCUUUUGCUAGAUUACAUAUUGAAAUCUCUAAAAAAAACUUAGAACAAUGGGAAGCUGCAAAAGAGAUAUCUCAAAUGUUGUUGUUGUUCCUUCUUCUUUUUCAGAUGAUCAACAACAGUAGUACAUAGUAGUUUAUUAUUAUCAUUUCUCUUAUUAUGAGCAAGGAAACCAAAACACUUC